AUGUGUCGCGUCGUACUGCUCGACCAGACCCAGUACGUCAACCAUCAAUUGGGAGCGGGGCUCCCAAGAAUCCCAGGACGGGGGAUAGCCGCGCCACCGGACGAGGUAACUCGUCCGACGUCCCGUUCACGUCGCGGUGGUUCAACAGCUGCUCUACUAGAUAGCGCUGGCCACCGCGAGAGUCCUCUAAUGGAGGUGGAGGAGGAGGAAAGACGCUCUCCACACGAUCAUGUGGAUCGGUGUGUUCCCGAGAGCUUUUUGAUCGCGUAA